GUUUUUAAAGGGGAAGGACCGUCACAGGCAGCGUUGUUAUUGGAAUUCAGGGCUGGGGGAGUCGCGGAGGCAAAGCGCCCCAAAGGAAGGAGACAAAUAGUGAACUGCAAAAAGGAGAGUUGGUAAGAAGAUGCAACGAUUAGGGUGGGGGUAGCGGCGUUGCAAUAGCGACUGAUCGCCUCCUCCAUCAGCCUCCUGACCAAAGAGAGAGAGAUCGCCUUUGAUGACCAACGGGCCGGCUCAAGCGACUCCUGAGCAAUUAGUUUCCGCUUCUGGGGAAACAGGGAAGCCUACGAUGGGAGCGCCAACGACGACGAGGGCAAAGAGAGAGCGAGAGCUGCAAAAAAAGAGGAGGAGGAGGAGAGGAGGAGGAGGAAGUGGGCAGCUAAGAGGGUGCCUGCGCCUAAAGUCCGGUCCGGGUUUUGCCUGCAGCCCCGGGCAGCAGCAGCAAGAGCAAGCAGCAGCCCUUUGCAAUGUGGUCCGCCUGUCUCGGUACUGGCAGAGCGAGGAUGUAGAGGUGGGUUUGCCGAGGAGCUGCUGCGAGCGAGGGAGGGCGCGAGGAAGAGCUGCCUUCAGCUUGACGAACUUAUCUGCAAUUCCGACUUUGCCAGCCGAGAACUCUCCCUUUCAUGCCCGCGAGCCUCCGAUUUGAGCUUUGCAGCCACCCGUGAUGUGUUCGGCGGGGAGGCGGCUGCCCCUGGGGUCCCAUUCUUCGCGGGGAUACCUUUGGGGCAGGUGUUAAGAUCAUCAGCAGCUUCACCAUUACGGUGCACGCUCCGGAUUUGGAUCUUUAAUCCGGCUGGCGACAGCGCGCGCGUAACACGCACACACGGACUGCCCGGAGUGGUGGUGGUGGCGGCGGCGGCGGCUGCAGCUCCCAUCCCUCCCCCUUCCUCGCUACUGCUGCUCCUGUUUUUGCUCCGGAUCGCUCUGCCUCUGCUCUACUUUUCACAGCAAAGAGCUGCGGACAAAGCUUGGACAGACGACCUGCAUAAAAGGACCUUCAAUUAAGAAAGAAUAUUCAUCAAAAGUUUGGACUUGCAAAGUACAGCCACCUACUAUUCCAAGUUACCCAGUUUAGCAGCUGAUGCCAAGAAAAGAGGCUUGCUUGAGGCUACUGGUAGGAUUUGCACCCUAAACCUCAAGUUUGGAAGGAUCCAGUGAUUUGUUGAUGGCAUUCACAUGGAUUGAUAUUUAGCCUGUGGAGAUCUGCUGUGGUCAGUAGAAGGAAAGACCAGCCACCUUGCUCCUGCUACUUUUCUGUUCAAGCUCAUAUCAAGAGCCAUUAUAUAUGAAACCUGCAGGAUAUGUUGUUAUGGCCCUGAAAUUGCACUGAAGACGGACCUUGCCUCUUCCAUUUUUCGUGAUUGGUGUUAUUAUUGUUGUUGUGGUUGGUUGUUCCCCACAGUGAGUGGGAUUGUUGCUUUAUCUGGUCUCUUCUUUAUGAAAAAGAUGUCUGAUCCUGGCUCCCAUCAAGACACUGGCAUCAAGCCAGGUGUAUUGGAAAAAAGCAGCAACCCAGAUGACUCUCAGCCUUCGGUCAAUUCAGAAAGGAGGAACAAAAGUGGGAUAAUAAGUGAACCUUUGAAUAAAAGUCUUAAGAAGUCGCGACCGCUCUCCCACUACUCCACUUUUGGUAGCACCAGCUCAUUAAGUGAACAUUCAGAGAAAGGUGCCCCUGUAGCCAAUGGCAAUGAAGCAACUAUGGAUAAAAGCAAUUCUACCUCAAAGCACAAAAACAUCGCUGACAUGCUGAGCAAAUCGGAUAUUUCUGCAGAAGGACAGAACAUCUUGCAACAGUUUGCUCAGUCUACAGAGCUGUUGAAAAGAGUGGUCCAGGAGCACAUUCCCUUGCCUAAUGACCAUGGGACGGGUAUCUCAGACAUGGAAGCUGUCUCAGCUGCGGAGACAAUGAACAGCCCAUCUGAUUUUCCUUACUUGGGGGCUUUUCCUAUCAACCCUGGCCUUUUCAUUAUGACCCCUGCUGGCGUUUUUCUGGCAGAGAGUGCGCUCCAUAUGGCUGGCUUAGCAGAGUACCCAAUGCAGAAUGAAUUGGCAUCUGCCAUCAAUUCAGGGAAAAAGAAACGGAAACGAUGUGGCAUGUGCCCUCCUUGCAGAAGACGGAUAAACUGCGAGCAGUGCAGCAGUUGUAGGAACCGUAAAACUGGGCACCAGAUUUGCAAAUUCCGAAAAUGUGAGGAACUUAAAAAGAAGCCUUCUGCUGCACUGGAGAACAGUAGCAGAAAGGCAUGUAGCAGAGAGGCAUUCAGGGAGCAGGAUGGAAAGCAUGUUUCACGGCAAAGUUACUGUUUCAGCUCAGACGGUGUGAUCCAGAUUCCAGGGAAAAGAUUCAAAAGUGGACAGGGGAGGAACUGUGGCACAGUGGGAAGCACUGAAGGUGUGAUGGAAGGCAUAUUAUCAAGGAAAAAUGCCACAACAUGGUUCUCGCCAACAAUACACCAUGAAAGAAUAUGUGGAUAUUAUUCCUAGGAAGGACAAGUGAUCUGCACACCAGAUAUUGCAUCCUACCCAGAAAGUGAUGCUUCCGACAGGUGCUGCAUUCCGAUGGUUUCAAUAGGAACAAGAAUCCCAAAGCUCUGUCAUCCAGUGCCAUGUCGCUGCUUGCUUGUGUUGUCUCAGGCAAGGAAUUUUUUUGGCGGAAAUGAAUGGAUGCGCCUGUGUCUCCUUUAGAACCAAAAAUAUUUUCUCGCAGAUUUCAUUCCUGUUUUUAUAAUUUUUUGGGCAUCUUUUUUUUUUGUUUAACAUCUUCAAGUACUAGUAAACAAACAUUAACUGCUUUUCAAAUAAUUUUUAAAAAAGAAUCCAUAAAGUACCAAGACGUAAUAGAGUAUGGACAAUCAAUCAAUUUAUUUUCCUGUGUUUUGGUGUUGAUGUUGUUUAUGUGUGGAAGAUGCAGUUCUUGUGUAGAGAAUGUAAAUUUACAGUAAUCUUUUAAAUCUAGUUACUAAUAAGCACUACUGUAAUUAGCACAGCUGUUUACUCAUUCAUAUUUUUAUUUGAUUAAUUUCAUCAUUAAAGAAAAAUAGUGUGGAUAGUUUCUAGAAUGCCUCAACUUCAUGUUUAUAAAUGAGAAUAUGUUUAAAAUAAAGUAGUUUCCCUUUCCCUAUCCAUGCACAUGAUAACCUUUAAUCAGCAAGAUGUUUGGUAUGAAAAAGUGAAAGUGUUCUACAAAAUGGGCAAAUUUUUGAAGCAAAACAAAAUCAUUAUUGAGUUUAGAGCAAGAAAAGGUGUGCACUAAAAUAAACCCAGAACUAAUUGCAACAGUUCUUUUUUUAGAAACCAUUUGAAAAAAUGUUGCUGGAAUCCAGAUAUAAGCUAUUGCAGGACCUCUGCUGAAUACAUUUACGACGAGUCUUUUUCUUCUGUUCCAAGCCCUCCUCUCCUGCUUUCUCUCCACCACUAACCGAAAGGCUGUUUGUAAUGUUCUAGCAAUUCAGGCUGUUUUGUGAAUAAAAAUGAAAGCAUGUUUUGUG